ACGUAACCCUGUAUCCACACAAUUUCCUGAGUGUAACUUCUAUUCAUAGCGAGUUUGGGUUAGUGGUAUAGCACUUAGAUGGGUCUAAGUGUUUUUGCAUUGACAGACCAUCAAACAGAAGCAGGUGUGUAUGUUGUCCCUCACCUGUCUGCGCGCGGGGCCUUUCCACACCGACCCCCUGUCCUCUUACUUCCGCUCGGUCGCGCAGCUAAUCCCGAUCAUCUGACAUCAGGACAAAUGGCGGACCAGGAUGGCAGCGACACAUCUCCGACAGUACCACAAGUCUCUGACUCGCACCCAACCUUGACCCUCUCCAGUGAGCCUGACUCCUCAACGUCCGGCCAGGUCCUGUCCACCACCCCAACCCUCAGCCCAUCACUGUCCACCACUCCAACCCUCAGCCCAUCACUAUCACCUACACCUACUCACAGCAACAAUGCUGCUAACAAAGCAGAGCCGUUGGUCCUCAAGAUCAACGAGAGACAGAGACUGGCCCGGGAACGUCGAGAGGAAAGGGAGAAACAGAUCGCUGCCAGGGAGGCUGCGUGGCAGGAGAGGGAGGAGAGGGCCAGACACUACUAUGAGAAACACCUGGAGGAGAGGAGGAGGAAGGUGGAGGAACAGAGGAGGAAGGAGGACAGGAGACGAUCUGCUGUGGAGGAGAAGAGAAGACAGAACCUGGAGGAGGAGAAGGCCCGUCAUGAGGCAGUGAUGCAUCGGACAGUGGAGAGAAGUCAGAGAGCCAAACCCAACCACUGGACUUGGGGCGGGACCAUGACCACACCCACCACACCCGGGGGUUUUGUGGAGUCGUCGUUCCUAUAUCCCCUCGACGUAGCAGGGCUGGAGCACCAUCUCCAAGAUGCUGACAGACGGUCUGUGUCGACCGUGAACCUUUCCAAACAUGCAGCUGAUCCAGUUAUAACCAAGAGACUGUCCUACUCCUCUGCUACACUCUUACACUCUCCUGACAGAGGCAUGCGGCAAAACACAGUGGUCAAGCGUGUUCUACAGCCUACACUCUCCUACUUGGCACGCAGCCGCAGCGCCAUGAGCUUGUCUGGAGACACUGGAGCCAUGCCUGCAUGUCCUCGCUCGGUGUCCUGCCACCCUAUGGGGUCUAUGUCCUUCAAGUCCAUCCAGUCCCAGCCUCUGACCGUCUGCCGCAGCCAAGAGCCACUCCUCCCCAGGGACAUGACCAACCGCAGGAGGACCACCGGAAAAGCACCGGAUAAAAAUAGGGACUCAGUCAGAAAGUCUUGGAGCAACCUCUCCAUGCCUCUGACCACGCCCCCUCUGACCACGCCCCCUCUGACCACACCCACUGACAAAAUGUCCCGGUCGCCACGGAAACAGCAGAGUAGAGUGACAGCGCCCUCGCCUGGCAGACCACCCCAGAGAGAGAAGCCGUCCCCUCGCCCCUCCACCCCCAAGCAGCUGUGGUCUUCCAGUGGGGGGAUGUGGGGAACCUCAGGCCCAGUAGGACGGUGCCAAGAGGGCCUGUCCUUGUGUCUGAUUGGACCGCAGGCAGCAGGAGGACCUGAGGGAGACCACGGGGGUCUGACCCCCUCCCAGCCCCACCCUCAGACCCUCGGCCAAUCAGAGCCAGCCCAAGCACAGGCACAGUAGUACAACACAGACACAGCAGCAGACAGACAG